UUUGGACUUAAUAGCCUAAAUUGGAUUAUGGCUUUGUGUUUGGCAAGCCAAGGUGCACAGAUGUAAGCCAUUCGGACAAGACAUGGAUGGGCUAGCCCAUGGCAACCCAAAUUGGAUAUGUAAUGGCAUCAUCGGUCUGGAAAUUGUCGCACUUCCUAACACAAGUGUUUGACUCAAACGAGCCCUUAAUUUGCCGUGAAAGGAACGAGAGCUAAUUGGUGCCCACAACGUAGGUUCUACCCCAUGUGUUUACAAACAUGUAUAACAGUUGUGCAGGAGUCUUUCCUCUUAAGGGACCCAAAAAGAGAAACAUGAAAUAAACAGAAGCCUCUGGCCGAAAAGCAACAAAACAAAAGCCACCCAUUAACUUGCUAGGGCCAUUCAGAGAAUUGGGCUACAAGGCGAUGCCACAUACAACGGGUUUGUUAUGAACCAGCUGAAGCAAAUCCACGCCUACACUCUUAGAAAUGGCAUAGACCACGCCAAAACCCUCAUUGUUAGGCUACUUCAAAUCCCCAACCUUUUGUAUGCCCAAAAGCUGUUCGACCUUAUUCCCAAGCCAACCGUCUUUCUCUAUAACAAGCUCAUUCAAGCCUAUUCUUGUCAUGGACAAUACUACCGGAGCGUAUUUCUCUACUCCCAAAUGUGCCUUCAAGGCUGUCCCCCAAACCAGCACAGCUUCACCUUCCUCUUCGCCACUUGUGCUUCCCUCUCCUCCCCUCGCCACGGCCAAAUGCUCCACGCCCAUUUUCUCAAGUUGGGUUUCGAAUAUGACGUGUUUGCCUUGACUGCUUUGGUUGACAUGUAUGCUAAGCUGGGCAUGUUGGCCUCAGCACGCCAAAAAUUUGACGAAAUGCAUGUAAGAGAUAUACCCACUUGGAAUUCAAUCAUUGCGGGCUAUGCCAGGUCCGGGGAUAUGGAGGGUGCGUUAGAAUUGUUCGGUUUGAUGCCUUACAGAAAUGUGGUAUCGUGGACGGCAAUGAUAUCUGGCUACUCACAAAAUGGACAAUACGCGAAGGCCUUAAGGAUGUUUUUCAGGAUGGAAAAGGAGAAAGAUGUGAGGCCGAAUGAAGUGACUAUAGCUAGUGUUCUUCCAGCUUGCGCAAAUCUUGGGGCGCUGGAGGUUGGAGAGAGGAUUGAAGCAUAUGCUAGAAAAAAUGGGUUCUUCGAGAAUUUGUAUGUAAGCAAUGCUGUAUUGGAAAUGUAUGCAAGGUGUGGUAAAAUUGACGUGGCUUGGCAUGUGUUUUAUGAGAUUGGCCGCCGCAGAACAUUGUGCUCUUGGAACUCAAUGAUCACGGGUUUAGCUGUCCACGGAAGAUGCAACCAGGCUCUAGAGCUUUAUGAUCAAAUGCUGAGAGAAGGAAUGGCACCAGAUGAUGUAACAUUUGUGGGACUUCUCUUGGCAUGUACUCAUGGAGGCAUGAUCAUAAAAGGCCGACAACUCUUUGGAUCAAUGGAAAAAAACUUUCAUAUCACGCCCAAAUUAGAACACUAUGGAUGCAUGAUUGAUCUGCUAGGCCGUUCUGGAGAACUGCAAGAAGCUUAUGAUCUCAUACAAAGUAUGCCUAUGAAACCAGAUUGUGUUGUAUGGGGUGCACUUCUGGGGGCUUGCAGUUUCCAUGGUAAUGUUGAGCUGGCUGAAAUAGCAGCCGAUUCCCUCUUUGAGCUUGAACCAUGGAAUCCAGGUAACUAUGUCAUUCUUUCGAAUAUUUAUGCGUCAGCAGGCCGAUGGGCUGCGGUUUCAAAGCUAAGGAAGUUGAUGAAGGGUGGCCAAAUUACAAAGGCAGCAGGAUAUAGUUCAAUUGAAGAGGGAGGCCAAAUUCAUAAUUUCAUUGUGGACGAUAGAUCACAUCCAAAAAGUGAUGAACUAUAUGCUUUACUGGAUGGAGUUUAUACAAAGAUGAAGCUUCCAAGAAAUGCAACUGAUUGCGAAUCCGACCUUGAAGAACAAUGAUACCAAUAUAUUCUUAAUUUAUUGGAUAGUUCACUUGAAUAAAGCUGGGAAAAUUUUUCAAAGUCAU